GUAAAAUUUUAUCAAAUUUAGAUCUACACUUAUGUGAAGCACACAACAAGCCUCUCAAAUGCCUCUUACGCUCUUUCCUCUCUACUUUUAUUUCUCUAUUGCUCUUUCGCGGAUUAGAUUCGAAUUCGUCAGUGAAAUUUAACUUUUGUAUCUAUUUAGAUUCGAAUUCGUUGCAUUCUACCCCUAUAACCCAAUUUGAUCAUCUCGCGAUGUUUUGAGAUCACCGUUUUUGAUUUCCCAGUCUCUCAAACUUUCCCUUGCUUUGCUUUGUUUUUGCUUUGUUUUAGACUCUCUUUGCUUUGUUUUAGACUCUCUCUCUCUCUCGCUUAUAACAUACAUGCCCACCGAAGAUUGUUGCAUUUCUUCUUUAAUAAUUCGAAGCUUAAACCUCAAGCAUCCGUUCUUCAGUGUAAUCGAGUUCAAUUUCUGUUCAUUCAUGUUAUUUUUUAUACCCUUUUUUGCCCCCAAAGAAUUUGGUAAUCAUUAUUCGGAUUUCCAAUCUGUAGAAUAUAAAAUAUAAAGGAAAAUGGGUGGAGGUGGGGGUAGAGUAGAGGUGACAAGCAGCACGGGAUGUUCGAGGCUGUUUGGGGACAUUUCGUCUUCAUUGUCGUCAUUCAGAGGUCUGCAACCCUUUGAGCCAAUGUCCCCUGCUUCUGCAUCCUUCUCCUCUGCGGUGUCUGAAUCGGCGGUGGUUCGAUCAACAACAACAACUGGUCCCUUUUCUGGUCUUGUUAUAUGCGUUACUGGACUAUCCAAAGAAGCAAGGAAACAAGUCAAGGAUGCUACAGAAAGAUUGGGUGGCCGGUAUAGCCCCAAUUUGCAUCCUCAAUGUACACACUUGGUAGUUCAGAGCUUUUGUGGACGUAAGCUUGAGCAUGCUCUGAAGCAUGGAUUGAGAAAUGGCCUCUUUGUCGUCAUACUUGGGUGGUUUGUGGAUAGUGUCAGAAGGAAUGUCAGGUUGAGUGAAUCACUUUAUACUGUAAAGAGCAUUGGAGAAAAUGGUAUGCCUAUGGAUGAUCUGAACCGGCUUUCUCAGUUUGUUGGUUCUGAGACUUCUUGUCUUCCAGUUGCAAUACAUGAACAUGCCAAGCAAUCUGGCAUGGCUGUGCCAUUUCCAGAAAAGGAGUCUAAAAGAAGUGUGGAGUCAACUCUGUCUGGUCACUCCUUAUAUAUUGAUUCAGACAUUUCCCCUGAAUUGCAUCGUAAGGUUGUCAAGGUUGCUGCUGCAGAAGGUGCUACAUUUUUAAAUAAAUGGUUUGUUGGUUGCAACGCAAGCCAUGUAGUGUGUGAAGGGGCUUCUGUACAAAAAUAUAUUGGCCACUCUAGUAAUCUUGUUUCACCACUGUGGGUUCUGAAAACUGCAAAAGAAAAACGUAUGCAGAGGCUUGUUCACAUGUCUGCUGAUAUGGCUCGGCAGGUUGGGAUAAUGCUUGACAAUGCCCAAAAUGGAAUUUAUGGAGAGGAAAUUAAUGGGGACAAUUUUCCUCAAGAUGCUCCAAUUUCCAGGAGUAAUGCAAGCCAUGAAGAAAGACAAAAGAUUGUGAAUCUGGCCAAAAAUGGGGUUAGAAAGCGUCGUUGUCACCGUAUGCAGACAUGUCAAACCUCAAUACGGCCAAUAACCCCAAGCAGCCUUCUGGAUUCAAUCUGCUGGUCAAUAUCUGAGCCAACUUCAACUGCUUCUAUGUACACGGAUUCAUUCAGUGUCGAGGAUGCCAGCGAACACCACAUAUCUGUAUAUUUUGAUGCAAAAGGGGAUGGAAAAGAAUCAGAAUCUUCAUUUGUAAACUUCUCUCGACCACUUACUGAAAGCGAGAAAACCGAGUUGAUAUUCAAGAACCACUUUCUUACCAUACUGUUUCCAGUUGACCGGUUUGCUGAGAUGGGCCCUUGUUCAAGGACUUUUUUCAGUAAUACAGGCUUUACAUGUCUGCAAGUGUUGGAUCAUGUCUAUGCAUUUUAUCAGGAGAACAUGUCAGCUUAUGAAAUAGAGGUGGCAAUUCACACUGACUCAAGACAUGCUGAUCGGCUCCGAUCAGUGUACUCUAGCAAAGAAACUGCAGAGCGAGGAUAUGUGGCAUUCAAGCACAUUGAUUUCUUAGGGAGUCGUAAAAGCUUUGAAAUGUUGAAGCGUGUUAAUGGGGAUAACAAUAGUAAUGUCUAUGAGUUGUUGAUUAGAGCAUGAGAGAUUAUCUUACUCCUGUUCGAUCGAUGCCUUGUUGGUCCUGAUGAGAAUUGGUGGCGACCUAUAAGACAGACAGACAUCAAGCAAUUGGAUGACACUCCCUGCCUGAACUUUGCUAGUCGUGUUGGACCUUCACUCAAAGCUUUACAUGCGUUAUUACAAUUUAAGAAAAUUGCAAAUUGUCUCCUCAUGAACGUUACAAGUCCCCUUUCUUCAUACUUCAUCACAUCUGCAUCCACAUCUUGGCGUUCCCAGACACUGAACAAAUGCAAAACCUUGUGAGAUUUUAUUAUUGUUCAUAAUCUUUGACAAAUGGUCAUAAACUUAGGAUAUCACCCUUGUCUAUCAGAUGGUUCUACCAUUUCUUUUGGCUCUGGUUCUGAUCGAAUGUGAUCUAAACCUUAUUUGAUGUGAUCUACACUCUGGACGGUUUGACAAUUAAGCACAUUUGGUAAUGCAUACACAUCUAAUUUGAAACUUAAAACAAAAAAUUAGCUUUUAA